CAGGGGUGGACUGACCAUUUGGAAACUCUGGCACUGCCCGAGGGCCUGGGGUCAGUAGGGGGCCCCAUGAGAUGCCCCUGGUAUUUUUUUCAUAGACUUUUUGAGUUUGGGCAAGGACACAGGGGCCCCAUGAUCCCCUAUUGCCCGGGGGCCCCAUGAGUUGUCAGUCCGCCCCUGACUAUAUGCCACCCAUCAGUGCCGCCUAUCAGUGCCCAUCAGUGCCGCCUAUCAGUGCCCAUCAGUGCAGCCUAUCAGUGUCCAU